AUGGUUGGGCUAAGCUUGCGUUUCAAAAAAAACCGGGAGGCAACGUUGGAGAUCAAUCUUGUAGACAAGUGGCGGGGAAGGGGAUUUGGGACCGAGGUCAUGCUAUGGCUCGUGAGCUAUGCGUUCCAGCAGCUUGCGUUGCACAGACUGUCACUCGGGGUCUUGGCGGGGAAUUCGCCUGCGAUCGCGGUGUAUAAAAAGGUUGGCUUUGUCGAGGAGGGACGCUCGCGAAAGUCGAACUGGCAGGACGGAAAGUGGCAAGAUGUGGUGUAUAUGGGCCUAUUGGAGGAAGAGUGGCUGGCGAGCGCGCAGCAAGCGUGA